AUGACAGAGUCCAAACCCCACCCCCAUGCAUCACCACCCCUACCCCACCUCACGCAUCAACCACCUACCCACCCCACGCAUCACCACCCCCACCCACGCAUCACCACUCCCCACCCCACACCACGCAUCACACCCCCACCCACCCCACGAUCACCACCCCACCCCCCCCGCAUCACCACCCCUACCCCACCCCCACGCAUCACCACCCUACCCCACCCCACGCAUCACCACCCUACCACCCCCACCAUCACCACCCCUACCCCAGCCCCACCCCAGCCCACCCCACCCCAAGCCCCACCCCCACCACACAUCACCACCCUACCCCAGCCCCACCCCAACCCCACCCAUCACCAGCCCCACCCCACCCCACGCAUCACCACCCUACCCCAGCCCCACCCCAAACCACCCACCAUCACCAGCCCCACCCCACCCCCACGCAUCACCACCCCUACCCCAGCCCCACCCUCACCAGCCCCACCCCACCCCACGCAUCACCACCCCUACCCCAGCCACCCCAAACCCACCCAUCACCAGCCCCACCCCACCCCACGCAUCACCACCCCUACCCCAGCCCCACCCCAACCCCACCCAUCACCAGCCCACCCCACCCACACAUCACCACCCACACCCACCCCACCCAACACCAGCCACACCCCAGCCCCACCAAUCACCACCCAACCCCACCCCACCCAUCAACCAUUGUGA